GCGUGUCUGUGUGCGAGCAGCGCCGUGGCCGCCGCGUUUCCUGGUGCCUGCUCCCUGACCCCAGUGGCAGCCCCGCUCACUGCACCGCCCCGCCGCCGCAGCCCAGCCGAGCCCAGCCGAGCCCAGCCGAGCCCAGCGGAGCCAGCGCCGCCGCCGGAGCCGCCGGGGGUCGGGCGCAGGCUCUGCCCCGGCCGCGCCCCCGCAGCCCCAUGGAGCGGCCCCGCUGAGCGCGUCCCCGAGCCGCCCGCAGCGGCAGCGGCAGCGGCGGAGGGAAGAGGUCACGGAGUUGAUGCGGAGCUGCCCGGAGCACAAUGCCCUUCCCUGCCCCUGGCCUUGGCAAGUGGUGAGCCGCUCAUGUCCAUAAGGAGGAAGGAUGGCUCAUGGAAUUCCCUCACAAGGCAAAGUUACCAUCGCGGUGGAUGAGUACAGCUCCAACCCAACGCAGGCGUUCACGCACUACAACAUCAACCAGAGCCGCUUCCAGCCUCCACACGUGCACAUGGUGGACCCCAUCCCUUAUGACACCCCGAAACCCGCGGGCCACACGCGCUUCGUCUGCGUCUCGGACACGCACUCCAGGACGGACGGCAUCCAGAUGCCUUACGGGGACAUCCUGCUGCACACCGGCGACUUCACCGAGCUGGGGCUGCCCUCCGAGGUCAAGAAGUUCAAUGACUGGUUAGGAAACCUACCAUAUGAAUAUAAAAUAGUGAUUGCUGGGAAUCAUGAACUGACAUUUGAUAAGGAAUUCAUGGCAGACCUUGUUAAACAAGAUUACUACCGCUUUCCCUCCGUGUCCAAAUUGAAACCAGAGGACUUUGACAAUGUUCAGUCACUGCUGACAAAUAGUAUUUACCUACAAGAUUCAGAGGUGACAGUUAAAGGAUUCCGGAUAUAUGGUGCCCCGUGGACACCAUGGUUUAAUGGAUGGGGCUUUAAUCUACCCAGAGGUCAGUCUUUGCUAGACAAGUGGAACCUUAUUCCUGAGGGAAUUGAUAUACUAAUGACACAUGGACCUCCCCUUGGGUUUCGAGACUGGGUUCCCAAGGAGCUGCAGAGAGUGGGUUGUGUGGAGCUGCUGAACACGGUGCAGAGGAGAGUGAGGCCCAAACUCCAUGUCUUUGGUGGGAUCCAUGAAGGCUACGGCAUCAUGACCGACGGCUACACCACCUACAUCAACGCCUCCACCUGCACAGUCAGCUUCCAGCCCACCAACCCUCCCAUCAUCUUCGACCUUCCAACCCCUCAAGGAUCCUGAAGCACUACUGGGGAAGGUCUAUAAACUGCCAUUUUCUAAUUGCAAAACUUACAUUCAGUUCUGUGUUUAUUUCAAAAUAGGGGCUGGGGGGGGGGGUGAUUUUGUGGGGAGCUGGGGAUUUUGUUUCGGGGUGGGGUUUGGGGUUUUUUUUUUUUUUUGUUCUUUUUAUUUGUAAAUUGCUGGUGCAAAAGAAACGAGAAGAAAAGUUAGAGGUUGUGCUUUUUGGAAAUGCAGCAUUCGUUUUAAAUUGAUAAAGCGUUGUGAAUUUGUAAAAUGAAUUUUGUUUUUCAAUAAAUUUGCCAUUGUAAAUUGUUAUAGUAUUCUCGAAAGGACAGCCAAGCUUUCUUUUAAUAAGUGAGAGACCUUAUUUUAAUAUUAUAUUAUAAGCUAAAAAAUAGGCAGCAAUUAAAUACACCCAAAUUUGCACAACUUAUGUUAUUGUCGGGGUUUUUUAAGUGUCUCCUUUUUCCCUAGGUUUAAAUGUUAACUUUUUAUCUCCAUUUAUAUCAAAUUUUUUAGUAGCACAAACAAUGUUUUGGGGUCCAUUUACCUCUUGACAUGUGUGCAUGUACUUAAACUUGUUUCUGUUCAGAGUAGAAUGCAGCAAGGGGAGAACAGACUUCUCAGUCAUUUCUCUCUACCUGCUUUAUAAAGACUGAUCUAGAUAGCCACAGCCUGUAUGUGAUAUCUACCUUCUGUUGUUUCUUUUUUUAAAUUAUUUUAGCUUUAAAAGACUGGGGGUGAAAGCUGCAAAGAGCAGGUAUUUCAUGCAGUAAAAAAAAAAAAAAAAAAAAAAUUGUAAAUGCGGACUCCUUUUAAAUAUGAAUUUAUAUAUAUAUGUAUUUUUUGUGCAUUAUAACUAAGCUAGGAUUUAAUAUUGCCAGUAUAGCAUCUGCAAAAUUAUGCUGUACAGCACAUCUAAAUUAUGAAGGAUGUGACACAUUUUUCCAAGUGCUCAAGGCCUUCAAGAGCCUGAGUUAAAUCUUUGUUGUAGUUCAGGCAUGUAUAGAAUCAAAUGGAUACAAUCAAGCCUAAAUAAAAUAAGGCUUAGUUGUCCUUUAUAUUUAAAUAUCCUUCUUGUCUUUUUUAUUUCCUUUUUCUUAUUUUGCACUGUGUGUAAAUGCAAUCUCACUAGCACAAAAUAUUGUUGAAGAUAGUUAUUUCUGUUCCACCACUGUAAAUGCUAUUGAGCUUUGUUCUGUUUUAUGUUACCUUGUUAAUGGAAUUUAGAAAAGCAGUUGUUUCUUUUAAAUUUAUUGUGAUAUUAUAUCUAGCGGCCUUUAUAUGCAAAUAAAAUUGCAAGAUUUUUAAAUAUG